AUGAGACGACUUGAACAAUCAGCGAAACAUGGACUGGGAACGAGCAACGAGCAACGAGCAACGACGAGCACGAACGAGCAACGACGAGCACGAACGAGCGACGAGCAAGGCAACAUGAGUUACGUAGUCGGGAUGCAGAUAAAUAUGCAGUGGUAUUUUAAAACGAAGCCGCGGCCGCCGGCGGAGUCAAUGACUGCGUUCAGAUUAGAAACGCGCUUUCUACUAGCGGCGGCGUUAACCUGGACGCGGCGUUGCCAGCUGGGCAGCGCUAACUCGGAAAAUUAUGGAUACGAAAGUCGACAAUUAAUAAUUAAUUAUAGUAUUGUGAGGCAGAAUCUGUCGAGUUGGUGUGUGUUCGAGAAUUGA